CGCUUAGUACUACAGCUAAAGAGUGUGAAUAAAACUUGAAGAGCAGCGAAAAACGAAAAAAAUAUGCGGAAAGGACACGGAUACGGAUACGGUUACGGCGUUGGGCUGGCGCUGUUGCUGCUGCUGUGCAUGGGUGCCAGCGUACGGACGGCUGUCAUUCGGCCCGAGGCGCAGGAGGAGGCAACCACAAUAAGCAGCGGGCCAGCCGACGCCGUGGAGGCCAGCACCACGGUGGAGCCAGAAGUAACGACCGCAUCGGUGGCCCAAAGUCGCGACAAGGAUGCCACCGUGAAAAUUGGUUGGGCUAGUGUUGAUCCUGCGCCCGGCACCGUCGACGGUGACCUGAGUGUGGGUCAAAUGAAGUCGGCUAAGCUGCUGCUGCUGAGCACGCCGGCCAGGCGGCCAGCGGAAGUGGAGCAGCAGUUCGAGGAGCCGGACGACAGCGAUGCCUCAGCCACCGCUGGCAGUGGGGAUAGCAGUUUGCCAACUACGACAGAGGUCAGCACCACAACCGAGUACAGUGAGCCACCGACAACAACAGCAGCGACAACGACAGCGACAACAACAACCGUAGACGAGCAAGCCAGCGAGCAAAAGACAACUAAACUAUUCGCCAUCAAUGCGACAAUAUCCUCCGAGGACGCGGUCCAGCCCAACGUAGCCGUGGCUGUGGCCACAGACAACACCACAAUUGCGAUUGCCGAACAGCCGCAGGCCCCCUCGGCCAACAAUGUGGCCAUUGAGCUGGCCCUCGUCGAGCCGGAGGCCGACUACGUGCUGCUGGAUGGCAGCUUAACCGACCUGUCGGACCUCACCAGCUCAUCCACCCAUGACGAACUGCAGCUGGGCAGCUUCACGCACAUCGACAGCGACGUCCACUUGCAGCCGGUGGUGCAUUCUGUGGAAAUCGUGCCCACCAGCCUCGAUGAUCCACUGAUUGUUAAUUACGUGCACAAUUUGCGUUGACUAUCGAUGGCCGGACAGGCCCUUCCCCCCGCACUGUGCUCCAGUUAAA